AUGGCCGACGAUCUCCCUACAAAAGUUGGCCACGGGCUGGCCAAGGGCUUGGGAAUCAAAAUCCCGUAUCGGGACCCUUUGGGCGCCCAUACAGAGCCCGUCACUCGCGGAGAGUCGACUUUCUCCUGCGGCACCCUCGACACCUAUGCCUACGUUGAAUCGGAACCUACGAGCGCCGAGUGGCUGCGGGAGCUUUGCCCGUCCUGGAACCAGGUCUUCAGUUACUUGUACAGCCUGUUCCCUUUCCUGUCGUGGAUCACGCGAUACAACACGCAAUGGCUCUUUGGAGAUAUGGUGGCCGGUAUCACGGUAGGCGCCGUCGUCGUUCCGCAGGGCAUGGCCUAUGCGAAAUUGGCUGAGUUGCCUGUGGAAUUCGGCUUGUAUUCAUCGUUUAUGGGUGUUUUAAUCUACUGGUUCUUCGCGACGUCGAAGGACAUCACCAUUGGUCCCGUCGCCGUCAUGUCCACUCUGGUCGGCACGGUAGUCCUGGAUGCCAAGGAGAAGAUGCCAGACGUGCCACCGCAUGUCGUCGCGUCGGCCAUGGCUGUCAUCUGCGGCGGUAUCGUCUGCUUCAUGGGCCUGAUCCGCAUCGGCUUCAUUGUCGACUUCAUCCCCCUGCCGGCGAUCUCCGCUUUCAUGACCGGUUCGGCGCUGAACAUCUGCUCCGGUCAGGUCAAGGACCUGCUGGGUGAGAAGGCCGACUUCUCGACGCGCGGCCCCACCUACCUGAUCAUCAUCGACACGCUCAAGAACCUGCCCAGCGCGGGCGUCGAUGCGGCCAUGGGCGUCUCGGCGUUGGCCAUGCUGUACAUCAUCCGCGCGGGUUGCAACUUCGGCGCGCGCAAGCAUCCCACGCGGGCCAAGAUCUUCUUCUUCCUCUCCACGCUGCGCACCGUGUUCGUCAUCCUCUUCUACACCAUGAUCAGCGCGGCGGUGAACCUGCACCGCCGCGACGAUCCGCUCUUCAAGACCCUCGGCGUCGUGCCCCGUGGCUUUCAGCACGCGGCGGUGCCGGUGAUCAACGCCCGGAUCAUCAAAGCGUUCGCCAACCAGCUGCCCGCGUCGGUCAUCGUGCUGCUGAUCGAGCAUAUCGCCAUCUCCAAGUCCUUCGGCCGCGUCAACAACUACACCAUCGACCCGUCCCAGGAGCUGGUCGCCAUCGGCGUGUCCAACCUGCUGGGCCCCUUCCUGGGCGGCUACCCUGCCACGGGCUCCUUCUCGCGUACCGCCAUCAAGUCCAAGGCCGGCGUGCGGACCCCGCUAGCUGGCGUCAUCACGGCCGUCAUUGUCCUGCUCGCCAUCUACGCGCUGCCCGCCGUCUUCUUUUACAUCCCCAAGGCAUCACUCUCGGGUGUCAUCAUCCACGCAGUCGGCGACCUGAUCACCCCGCCCAACACCGUCUACCAGUUCUGGCGCGUCUCCCCACUCGACUGCCUCAUCUUCUUCAUCGGCGUGUUCGUCACCGUGUUCACCUCCAUCGAAACCGGCAUCUACUGCACCGUCUGCAUCGCCGCCGCCGUCCUCCUCUUCCGCCUCGCCAAAGCCCGCGGCCAGUUCCUCGGCCGCGUGACCGUCCACUCCGUCAUCGGCGACCACCUCCUCCAAGAUGACGGCAAAUACGGCCCCGGCAAAGGCGACACCCAGCAAGAAGGCGACACCCAGCGCACCAUCUACCUCCCCAUCGACCACACCGACGGCUCCAACCCAGAAGUCGGCAUCGAGCAGCCCUACCCGGGAAUCUUCAUCUACCGCUUCUCCGAAGGCUUCAACUACCCCAACGCAAACCACUACACAGACUACCUCGUCGACACCAUCUUCCGCAACACGCGACGCACCAACCCCUUCUCCUACGGCAAGAUCGGCGACCGCCCCUGGAACAACCCAGGCCCCCGCCGCGGCAAGUCCGAAGAAGACCGGUCCCACCUCCCCACCCUCCGCGCGCUCAUCCUCGACUUCUCCUCCGUCAACAACGUCGACGUCACCUCCGUGCAGAACCUCAUCGACGUCCGCAACCAGCUCGAUUCGUACACCUCGCCCCAGACCGUCCAGUGGCACUUCGCCCACGUCAACAACCGCUGGACCAAGCGCGCGCUCGCCGCCGCCGGCUUCGGCUACCCCACCCCGGCCUCCAACGACGGCUUCCACAGGUGGAAGCCCAUCUUCAGCGUCACUGAGAUCGAGGGCACCACGUCGGCAGCCGCGCACGCCGAGCUGGUCAACAACGAGCAGGCGCACCGCGCGCAGGCCCGCACGGACGUCGAAGACGGGCUGCCUCACGACGAUGACGCCAAGUCCGCAGCUCUGGAGACCCACAACGUCGAGGAAUCAUCCUCCUCGACCGACCACAGCCUGCAAGACGACAAGCUCCACCGCGACCUCAACUCCAGCCAGGCUUACCGCGACCGCCGCAAGGUGGCUAUCCUGCAGGGCAUCAACCGGCCGUUCUUCCACAUGGACUUGACUAGUGCGCUGCAGAGCGCGCUGGCCAAUGCGCCGGCUGAUGCUGUUAUUGAGGCGCCGAGUACGCCUCAGUAGUGCUCUCCAUGUCCAUAUACAUGUCCAUAUCCUGUAUGGAUUGGAUGUUUGUUUCUCCCUGGUUGGAGUUUUGAUUUAUUUACUUUAUGUCAUGUUAUGAGCGUUCUUUUCUUUGUUAUGGAAUCGAUUGGAUCGAUUGGAUUGAUUAGUUGCUAUACCCCUGGCUUCUGGCUUGUAUGUACAUAGAUAUAUGAUUGUGGC